AUGUCGGGUGCUAGAAUCCACUGUUCUCUCCAGCAGAGACCUUCGGUCCAUGCUCAUACACCCUCUGCAGCUGCAUCUUCUCUGCCAUCUCACUCUUCUAAUCGUGACGAGGUUCGUACUAUCUUCAUUAUGGGUCUGCCUGAAGACGUCAAAGAGAGAGAGCUGCAGAAUCUACUUAGAUGGCUUCCAGGUUAUGAAGAUUCGCAAUUGAACUUCAAGGGAGAAAAGCCUAAGGGUUUCGCUCUCUUCUCAAAUGAAAAUUUUGAGGUUGCUGCCAAGGAUGUCCUUCAGAAAAUGGUUUUUGAUGCUAAGUUGAAGUCUCUUUUGCACAUUGAGAUGGCAAGGAAGAAUCUUGUUGUUAAAAGAGGAUUAGUUUCUGAUUCUGAUGCUUUUGACAAUGGACGUUUUCCUGUUCAUCCAGUAUUGUCAUUGCCAAAUCCAGCUUCUGUAGGAUCUCCUAGUACUCAUGUGCCUGUUAAAACUGGGUGUUGCGUUAAAAAGUCUGCAGUAGAUGGUGUCCAUGAGGGAAUCGGGGAGUCCACCACAAAGGGGUGCAGUAAUGACAAGUCUGGAUGUUACAUGUUAUUUAUUGAGAAUUUACCAGAGAAGAUCCAUUAG